UAACGCCUCGUAUAUGUGUGCCAUGCAUGAGACACACAUACACACACAGCGAUAGCAGCGCGGGCGCGGCCCACGCCCCACUCUUCAUCUAACCAGCAACGCAUACGUACAUAUAGUACUUACCUACCAUGUAGUUUAUUAUUACUCAUUAAAGUGUUAAAUUUUGGAAGCUCCUGCAUUAUUUCUCCACCUAAGUCCACCGCCCGUAUCUGGAAGUCGCUCCUGCUUCUUCAUUUUGGUCUUCGAGCCGGAUACAAAAGAACCUUUAAUCGACACGUCGAUCACAAGAACAAAGGAUCGCGCUAACGAGACGGACCGUUACGUGGACAUUUUGAGAAAAGGAGUUACAUUUCAACUGCGUAUCUACACGUUAAGGAGCAGAAGAUUUCAUCGUUCCAAGGGGAUUGCCAUUAACUGGAAAUAAAGAAAGAAAUCACGGCCAGUAUAGGAGUAAAGUGAAAGUGAGAAGUGAGAACCUGGGGAGUCGUGUCAAUGUGAGUUUGUUCCGAUACUUUCCCUUUUACGAAAAUCCCUCCUUAUACCUAAGUGUUUACGCACCUGUGCAUACCUAUACUUAUUUUUAUUUCGCACCUUAAACGCGAAUUCUUACCUAUCAUAUUGAAUCAUUAAUUUCAUAACGUCAUUACGUAUAACAUACCUAUGUUAAUUAGUACCUUAAACGUUAAUUAACUAAAUCAGUUCUUUAAACAAUUUCAUUACAUACCUACUUACCAAGCUACUUUAAAUUCUUAUGCUACCUAAUUGCCCGUGUUAUUCGCACAGUUUAGAAACGCUAAAUAAUACCUAGUCGUAAAUAUUUGCCUAUUAUAUUUAGUUAAUCGGUAGUCAGUAAAGAGCAUAGUUAAUCUUAUUUACUUACUCGUUUCUUAAAUAAAUCCUACAACUAAAUCAUAUUUUCCCAUUGUGUAAUCUUGAGUCGUAUAGCUAUAAAACCCCAUAGAUCUGUACUUACGGUGUUUAGCCUAAAAUAGCUGAAGUGUUAAUCGCAACAUUUUUGUGCAUAUUCCAGCUGAUGCAUUUCGCCGCGCGCUGCGGAUCUUGACCUUGGAUGCGCUCGGCGCCCGGCAACUGCUACCGGCCUUAUCUCUACUUGCUACUUAGCUAUUUUAGCACUUCGCUCGCCUAACUGCACUCUCAUUACGCUUCCUCAUAAACAACAUUUAAGUAUCCCAAUCAUUUGUUUAUUAUUUGCUAGUGAUUUUUGCUUAACUUUUUUCGAUUACAGCAUUACAAUAAUCUUUGUAAGUACCUUAACUAGUUAACUGCAUAAGUCAUGGACAAACCCGAGUACAAAACAUUAAUCAAGCAGCGAGCUACAUUUAAAACGAAAGUCACUCAAUUCUUAACCUAUUUAAAUCCUCUUAACAGCUGUCCUAACUUAAACAGACUGCAGAUCAGUGAACUAAAUAUUCGCCUGACCAAAAUUGAAGAGAUUUACUCCGAUUAUGAUUCUGUGCAAUCUGACAUAGAAAAUUCCUGUGAAAUUCCAGAUGAGCAGUAUGCUGAGCGUGAAACCUUUGAGUCGAGAUAUUUCGGUGCAGUUGCGCUCGCUCGAGAGGUAUUGGCGAGGAGCGGGAACUCGGCGGGUCCCGCGCUGGAGUCCAGAGCUCCAAAAACGUCACAAAUGGACCAAAGAUGGAGGACAACUCAAAUUAGGAGAAAUGAUGCUUGUCAAGGACGACCGACUGCCUCCAAAGCAAUGGUUACUGGGUCGAGUAACACAACUUUAUCCCGGCACUGAUGGAAUAUCCCGAAUGGCCGAUGUACUCACCAUGUCUGGAACUGUCCGGCGCGCCUUCAAUCGCCUAUGCCCAUUUCCAGUAGAAGACAAGAGCUCGGUUCCUGGGGGGCCAAUAUGUUAACGCCUCGUAUAUGUGUGCCAUGCAUGAGACACACAUACACACACAGCGAUAGCAGCGCGGGCGCGGCCCACGCCCCACUCUUCAUCUAACCAGCAACGCAUACGUACAUAUAGUACUUACCUACCAUGUAGUUUAUUAUUACUCAUUAAAGUGUUAAAUUUUGGAA